GGAACAAAGAUUGCGUUUAUAAGGAGUUCCGACUAGCUAGCCUCGGAAAGCGCGGACACACCUCCACGAGAAGCGGCGCCGAAUCUCCUCCUACUUACGACACCACCAUGACUCCUCCUCCUCCGCUCAUUUCCUCUGGAUGAUGCUCCCUAAUGAAUGCCUAUUCACACACUCACCUGAAGUGUGAUCUUUUUGGUGUUUCACACGUCCAUGACCGAAGUCAUUGCUUGUUUAACAAUAGAACAUGGAGCGCAAGUCACGUGCCAGAUAUUAUAGGCACAAGUCAUCUCAAUAGACGUGGUUAUACAUCCACAACCAUAUCAUAUCAAGUUAUGGAACAUAUGCAAACCAAUGUGGUUGCCAAAGAGUACUCAGAUGACUUACCUAUUACAUCGUCAUAUGAAUCUGCCAUGGAAGCACUUUCCUCCCUGAUUACAUGUAAAAAGCGUGGAGAUACAUCAUCCGUAGGUGGUAAAUAUGGGAAAUUGGAAAGGAUGUCGAUAUAUCUCAAGAUAUUAGGCUUGGAGGAAAAGAUAGAUGGACUCAGAAUAAUUCAUGUAGCUGGAACGAAGGGCAAGGGUUCAACAUGCACGUUUUGUGAGGCUAUUCUACGGGAGUGUGGUUUUCGAACGGGACUGUUCACUUCUCCUCACUUGAUUGAUGUGAGAGAAAGAUUUCGGAUCAAUGGGUUGGACAUAACUGAAGAUAGGUUUCUGCCAUAUUUUUGGAGUUGUUGGAGUCAGCUGGAGGAAAAGGUUACAGAGGACCUGCCAAUGCCUCCAUUAUUUCAGUUCCUCACUUUAUUGGCUCUCAAAAUAUUUAUCUGUGAACAGGUUGAUGUAGCUAUUAUUGAAGUCGGUCUUGGGGGAAAAAGAGAUUCAACAAAUGUGAUCAACAAACCUGUCGUUUGUGGGAUAACUUCACUGGGGAUGGACCACAUAGAAGCAUUGGGAAAUACACUUGGGCAGAUAGCCUCUCACAAGGCUGGAAUAUUCAAGCCUCAUAUUCCUGCAUUCGUGGUACCUCAACUUUCUGAAGCAAUGGAUGUUAUACAUGAGGUGGCUGAAGGAUUAGCGGUUCCAUUGGGAGUAGUGCCACCACUUGACUGUGAAAAGAUGGAUGGUUUUAAGCUUAGCUUGUCUGGUGACCACCAGUCCAUUAACGCCGGUCUUGCCGUUGCUCUUUCUAAAUGUUGGCUUCAAAGAACCGGGAAUUGGGAAAAACUCAUCAGAAAACAGGAAAUCCUGGAAGGUGAUUUACCAGAGCCAUUUCAUAGAGGUCUUUCAACAGCGCAUCUUUCUGGGAGAGCUCAGAUUGUUUAUGAUACUUCUUUGAAGUCCUACAACUCAUCAAAAGAGCCUGAAAGUUCUUGUGGAGAUCUAAUUUUCUACUUGGAUGGAGCUCACAGUCCUGAGAGCAUGGAGGUUUGUGGCAGAUGGUUCUCUACUGCCGUCAAAGGAAACCAGAAAACAUUGUCUCGUUUGAGGGUUGAAAACGCAGAGCAGGUUUUGGGGAAUGGUCACAUCCAAUAUGGAUCAGGGAAAAUGGAGGAGCCUUAUGAAACAUCAAAGCAGAUUCUUUUAUUCAAUUGCAUGGAGGUUAGAGACCCUCAAGCACUGCUUCCGCAGCUUGUAAAUACAUGUGUUUCCUCAGGUAUUCAUCUCUCAAAGGCCCUUUUCGUUCCAAGUAUGUCAAGUUAUAGCAAAGUUACUUCUGCUGCCUCGGUCAUUCCUGAAAACUUUAGCCGGGACCUGUCUUGGCAAUUUAACCUCCAGAGACUUUGGGAGAAGAUGAUUCAUGGGAAGGAAGUCGACAUUGUUAUGGAUGCAGAACUAGAGAUUGAUGCUGCAAAAGUUUUACCUUCUGAGUUUCUUUAUGAGGAUGCUUCUCAUUGCAGUCCGGUAGAUAAUCGUUUUUCCUGCAGUGCUGUAAUCCCUUCACUACCAUUGGCAAUAAGUUGGCUCCGGGAUUGUGUAAAACGUAACCCUUCUGUUAGAAUCCAGGUUCUUGUAACGGGAUCGCUGCAUUUGGUCGGAGAUGUACUAAAGCUGUUGAAGAGAUGAUUCCAAUAUUUUUCAACCAAAACAUUCUUAACAUUCUUAAACUCCCCCAACAUUCUUAAACUACGUUUCCGUUUUGUACCAGUAACUGUUUGUAUUACCCCUUCGUGUUGUACCAUAAAGAAAAUUGUUCUGUUCUUUUGGCAAUCCCUGCGUGAUAUAAUGUCUUGUUUAACAAUGCCGGAAUGAACCGUAUGUAUGCAUACUGUCAUGAUUGAAUUAAAGAAACAUUAAUUUUUUUU